AGAUUUGUCUCCAAUUCUACUGGAUCCCACACUCUUUCUCCAGUUCUCACACAGCGCACUAAUCUGCUCUCAUCCCUCACCGCCGCUCCUCCUCCUCAUCGGAGUUAGCUUGCAUCCUACAUCUUUCCUAUUCUUAGAGGAUUUUGUUGGGAGGAUGAGUUCAAGAAAAGGGAAUGGAAACCCAUCUUCCAAGGGGAAAGACGUAUCUGGGUUCUCUGGCUCCAAGUUCGAGCAGCUAAGCCAGGGUGUAGAGGACAUGAACCUGGGUUUACCUCAAGACGAUGGUGAUUGGGAGGUUAUUAAAAGGAAGUCCAAGAUCAAAGCUGGGACCAGUGCUGCAAGACCCCGGGGUACUCAGAAUUCCAAUAGUAACUUGCGUGGAGGCAUGUGGACCAAUGCCGGAUCAGGAAGAGCCUCUGGCAAUGCUUGGGCUACACAUAAAACUGAUUCUUGGACAGCAACUGGCAGAGGAAAUGCAAGGCCCCAAACAUUCAACAAGACUUCUGAGAACAACAAUGUGCCACCGAAUGGUCCGAAUCCUGUUAUUCGCCCGUCUCCUCAGUAUGGCUGGAACCGGCAAUCUAGAGCUGGGUCCAGUCCAUCUGAGGGGUCACAAGAUGGUAGUGGGAAAAACAAUGUCAGCGCUGAAGUUGAAGAGGACAAUGAUAUUGAUGAUGACUCAGAUGAUAAUGCUAUCGAUGAUUCUGAUGAUGAACUUCUGACUGAUGACUUUGAUUCAGAUUCAAGUCAAAAGAGCCACGACACAAGGAAGAAUAAUAGAUGGUUUAAGAAAUUUUUCUCAAGUUUGGAUGCCUUGACCAUUGAGGAAAUCAGUGACCCAGCAAGGCAGUGGCACUGCCCAGCUUGCCAAGGUGGUCCUGGUGCCAUUGACUGGUAUCGAGGUCUCCAGCCUCUAUUGACACAUGCGAAAACGAAAGGAGCAAAAAGGGUGAAACUGCAUCGUGAACUCGCUGAACUCUUGGAUGAGGAGUUGAGUAGAAAGGGCACUUCGGUUGUUCCUGCAGGUGAAGCUUUUGGGAAGUGGAAGGGUUUAAAAGAUGAAGAAAAAGAUCAUGAGAUAGUCUGGCCACCUAUGGUUAUCAUAAUGAACACAAGGCUGGAACAAGAUGAGAACGACAAGUGGAUUGGUAUGGGAAACCAAGAGCUUCUUGAUUAUUUCAGCUCAUAUGCUGCUGUGAGGGCUCGCCACUCGUAUGGUCCACAGGGGCAUCGUGGAAUGAGUGUUCUGAUUUUUGAGAGCACGGCAAGGGGUUAUUUAGAAGCUGAACGUUUACAUAAGCAUUUUGAUGAGCAAGGAACACAUAGGGAGGCUUGGGACAGACGUAGGGUCUUAUUUUACCCAGGUGGGAAGCGCCAACUUUAUGGUUACAUAGCUACAAAGGAAGACCUUGACAGCUUCAACCAACACUCUCAAGGCAAAUCUAGGCUGAAAUUUGAGAUGAGAUCCUAUCAAGAGAUGGUUGUUAACCAAAUCAGGCAAAUGAGUGAGGACAACCAGCAGCUUACUUUUUACAAGAACAAAGUUGCAAAAGAGCAAAGGCUAAAGAAUGCACUUGAAGAGUCUUUUGGUAUUGUGACUGAGAAGCUUCGUAAGACCAUGGAGGAGAAUAGAAUUGUAAGACAAAGAACCAAGAUGCAGCAUGAACAGAACAAAGAAGAGAUGGAUUUCCAAGAGCAAUUCUUCCAGGAGCAAAUCAAAAUCAUCCAUGAAGCCAGGGAUGAGAGGGAAGAGAGAUUUGAGAAGCUGCAGCAGCAGCAGCGUGAGAAUGUCAAGCUAUCUAACCGCAAUCCUUCAAACACAGAGGAAUACAAGCGCAGGGUGGAUGAAAUUGCGAAAUUCAUAAAGUUCCAGGAUGACGAGAUGCAGGCUUUUGUGGGUGAGAGGGACAAGCUGAUUAAAACUCAUGAAGAGAAGAUGGCUGCUAUGAGACAGAGGCAUUGGCAGGAAGAAGUUGAGCUGGAAAAGGAGUUUGAUUCUGAAUUGAGCCAACUCAUGGAGAAGUACACUCCGGAUGGCUAAGAAGUCGGCACCGAUAAUGCUUGACGACGAUGGGUAUGUAAGAAAGUGGUAACAGACUUUGAAGUCUGUGUUUCCCAAGGAACUUUUGUGAUGAUUUCUUCUCCACUCGAGCUAUACAACUCUAUAAAAAAGUAAGUUUUAACAGACUGGGUUAUAAGGAUUAAAACCCUGAUUGUUAUGCCUGUGUUGUUUGCUUGGACAUGAUUCAAAUCAAAUAGUAGUUUCUAACGACAAAAUUGUACAAGAUAGCUUGCACCGUUGCACGCAUAUGCCGUGCUUGAAAUCUGAAUCUCAAAGAAAGACAAAUAGCUUGCAUGCGUGGGUA